AUGGGCCGCCAUAAGUUACAGUACCCGAAAGACUCUGUCAAUACCGUGAAGCGGUACAAGGUGCACGGGGUGUACGAUGUCGAAACUGUUCAUCGUAUCGUCAACUCUUGUCCUAUACUUCAUGUCUCAUUCAAUUCCCCGGAUCAGCCCUUUCCGGUUGUUCUCCCAAUGAUCGGACAACUGGGUUCAUUCGAUCGACCAAGUGCUGAUCUUGGAGACCCUUUGGAGCUUUACCUUCACGGAUAUGUUUCUUCACGAAUUAUGAACCUCGCCCAGAAAUCCACAGUCGACGGAGAAGAGAUCCAAGGAAUGCCAAUCUGCGUCGCAGCAUCCCAUGUCGACGGACUCGUCUUGACCCUUGCAACAUUCUCCCACAACUACAACUACCGCUCCGCGAUGCUCUUCGGAUACGCGACGACCGUGAAAUCAGAUGAAGAGAAACUAUACGCCAUGGAACUCAUAUCCAACAGCGUGGUGACCGAUCGAUGGAAGCAUACACGCCAACCCCCUCUACCGUCGGAAAUGCAGAGCACCAACAUCCUGAAAGUGAAGAUUGUCUCGGCAAGUGCCAAAAUCAGCGCGGGUUCAACCACAGAUGAUAAGAGUGAUAUGGCAAACAGUGAAUUGGUGAAUUCUACAUGGACAGGAGUCUUGCCUGUCUAUCAAACGAUUGGGGAUCCGAUACCUGGGCCGUACAACACUGCUGAAGUGCCUGAGCAUGUGGCUGAUUUUGUGAAGGAGACGAACGACGAGCGAAGGGAAAGAUCCUUAAAGGCAGCGGAGGGCGAAAGACGGGCAUUGUGA